ACAGGGAUUGAAUCCUGGUCUCUGGUGAGUUAUAUGUGACUUAUGCCAGGGAGAAUUACCGCACCACAGCUCUGCAAGACUAGCAUCCUGUUUCAUUCACACACUAUAGUUGGAGUGUAUGCAAGUUUAACAGUAAAGCAAAAAAUUGUGUGUCAAUUGUAUUUGUUAUUCAAAAUAUGAAUAUUAUUGAACUUACACGAUGAAUGACGUUUGCCGUAUGUUCUACUCAAUGUCCAUUACAACCACAGGUAACAAUGUUUUUCCAUGGAAUCCCUUUGAAGAGUAAUGCUGUGGCAAUGAUGCAAUGAAUCUUGAUAAUCAGUGGUAAUUAUAAGAAUGAAGCAAUUAUGAGAUGUCAAUAAGAGAUUGUUUCACCUGAUAGACACUGUUGUACUUGUCUUGUGAACUAACUAUAUCUCCAAAUACAUCUAUAGGUACUAUUGGGAAAAUGAUGAACUCAACACAAUUCACGUCAUUUAUCCUAGCUGGAUAUAGUGACAUUGGACACUUAAAGUACUUGUAUUUCAUUAUAUUAACUGUCUUAUACGUCUCCAUAGUUUUUGCGAACACAGUGCUUAUUGUGGUAAUAUGUAUGGAGAGAAGCCUUCAUGAACCCUUGUAUCUGUUUCUGUGCAGUUUGUUUGUAAAUGACUUGUAUGGUACCACUGGUUUGUUUCCUGCUCUCAUGACUCAUUUGGUUUCAGAUGACCAUACAGUUUCCACUGUGUUCUGUUACCUACAGAUAUUUGUCUUGUACACAUAUGGAUCUACUGAAUUCAUCAAUUUAGCAGUCAUGUCCUACGACAGGUACCUUGCUAUAUGUUAUCCACUACAGUAUAACGUCAUCAUGACACCCAACAGGGUGUGUAUUUUAAUUUGUGUAAUAUGGUUGUACUCUUUUGUAAAAUUCACCAUACAACUGUCUUUGACUAUUCGUUUGCAAUUGUGUGGAAACGUCAUAGACAAAGUGUAUUGUGACAACUACCUGGUAGUUAAACUUGCCUGUUCAACUUCAGACACGACAGUUAAUAACAUCUCUGGACUCUGUGGUAUUAUUUUGACUGUCGCUGUCCCUUUAAUUACUAUUGUGUUCUCUUAUAUUAAGAUUCUGACCAUUUGUUUGAAAUCUUCCAUCGAGACCAGACAGAAAGCUUUCAGCACCUGUUCUCCUCAUCUGGCCUCGCUGCUCAACUUCUCUUUCGGCUGUUUCUUAACUCUGCUCCAGAGUAGAUUUGAUAGCCCUAUGAGAAAUGUUCCAACUGUACUUCACAAUAUUUUAUCAGUGUACUAUCUGAUGUGCCAGCCACUUUUAAAUCCUAUUGUGUAUGGAGUUAGGAUGGCUAAAAUCAGACAGGCUUGUAAAUACAUACUACCUGUAGGUCUGUACCCUAAAACAUAAGCUAAGCAUUUUGUGACCUUUUCCGUCCUGAUUGUUCGAUAUUUGUGAUGUUGACUUGUGUUUUGUUACUUAGGCUAGUUGCAAAAAUGAAUGGGGGUGAGGAUGGUAAAUGUAAAACAUUUGCUAAUUUAUUAAAUAUUGUCAUAUAAAUCAAAUAUAAACAGGAGAAGUUCAUGACUUUGAAUUUCUCUCUUAAAUUGAAGUUUCUAAGGCUGCAUUCACAAAGCAAGUCCAAUUCUGAUCUUUAUUAUUGGCAAAAUAUCUGAUCUGGUUGGUCAAAAGACAAAUAAUUGGCAGAAUUAGACCACCUGUGUAAACACAUAAAAAUCUUUGUGUAAACACAAAUAAAUCAAGAUAUGCAAAACUGUCUGGAUCAAUCAACAACAGUGAAUACAUGGAAGUAAAUGUGUAAAAGGUAAGCCCACCUUAUAGCCCACCAUUAGGUCCAUCACUAAUGGAAAAUGGGCCCAGUGGGUACAUGAUUGUUUGACAUUUUCA